AUGAAUCCAGCUGCUUCGGCCCGGGUGGCUUUGCUUAUAGUGAGCCUGGGAGACUGGGCAAAGACUGGAUUUCUGACCCUCUGGAGUGUUCUCCAACAUCGGACAGCCAGUCUGCGCGUGAUGGUGCUUGGGGACGAUCCGGGCUUGCGUGCAUGGCAACUUGCGGUCCAGGAACUCAAGGACCAAUUUCAGAAGUUUGAGGGUGUGACUUUUGAGUACAUCAACUUCAACGACCAUCCGCAGUUCUCGAUGUACCUCGAGAAGUACCCCACCCAGACUUGCAGCUUCGGUGCUGCCGGGAAAGCCAUCUUGGCCCGGGUAGUAUGCCAUCUGCUGCUACCACCGGACAUAGACAAGAUAAUUUCCAUAGAUGUGGGUGACAUCAUCCUGCUCGACGACAUUGCGAGCCUGUGGAGGGAGUUCGACAACAUGCAGGAGCACCAUGUGCUGGCAGCACCCCACGCAGUUCAAUUGCACCACGUGAAUGCUGGCGUGGUGCUCUACUACGUGGCAAGGAUGCGUCAGCGCAACUUCGCCGAAGAGACCCUGCGGGCUGUGAAC